GUUGUAACUUGACCUUUUGAUGGGAUAUGACACUUGUAUGAUAGUUUUACAUCUGUCCCCACGGGCGAACUUCACUGUACCAUUAUUUAUACCAAGGAUGAAACAACAAUUCCCUAAUCGCACUAAACACUAUCCCUUCGAUGUACUGAGCGCGCGCUUUCAAAAUCAGACAGACGACUGCGAAAACCGAGCUGUUUCAGCAUGGAACUCCUACUAUGGUCCAUGGGUGCCAGUAACAGUUUUUGCAGUGACUGCACUCGGGAUAAGUCGAAGUAAAGAGAGUGGACGAACGUACCCAUUCGUUUCCAGUCAUUGUAUGUAAUAUUCCAUGAUAUAUUUUCAGACUUUGGGCGACAAUAUGGAUUCGUCAUAUUAUAUUCGUUAAAAGGGUUCUAACUGCCACCUGCAUUGUCUCAUGAAGCAUCGCUUUAUCGAAAAGACUAAUAAUUUUGAGUUUGAUAUAAGGAGUACUUGUAUAGAUAUUGAAUUCUACAUCGAUCGCGCGGUUAUUUAUUAAUCAUUGUGGAUUUAACUAGACUUUUUAGUCACAAUGGUACGUUCUCAAAGAUCUCCUCUUCUUUGUGUUGUUUUAGUAGUCAUCAUCAUCGUUUAUUCUGAUUUAACUAAAGGUCAGUGGGACUGUUUCAACCGCCGCAGCUGGUCCUACUUGGGCAAUCAUAACGUGUCUUGUGUUUUAACCGGCAGCACACUCGACUGUCAGUACUGUGAAACCUGGUCCUCUAUAAUCGGGAACUGGUCCAAUGCCGAAGAGCUCUUAGAUGGAUACGAUUUGGAGAACAAUUCUUGCCGUGUUGCAGGAAAUUCCUCGGCUCCAUGGUGUUACAUUAUGAAUAUGAACGGAGUAUUGCAGCCUGGGUUUUGUCGUAUCGCUACAUGUGCAGCACAUGCUGGCUGUAGGAAUGGAAGCGGUCAAGAUUACCGAGAUUACGGUCAAUAUACCGAAUCAGGCUUCCUCUGUCUCAACUGGGAGAACAUGACCGAAAGCACACUUUAUCCAGAAUCAGGGCUUGACGAGAAUUUUUGCCGGAACCCAGACGACCGUGAUAGGCCGUGGUGUUAUUACCAGACCUCAGAGAGCAGCGAGAUCUAUCAAGAUUUUUGUCAUAUAGACGAGUGUAUAACGGAUGCCCUAUCCCAGUUCCUGCUGAUCCCCAACGCACGUUUCAAUUCUUACGAUAGUCGGGUGAUCGAGAACCCUAACAUAUCGGCAGAGGCAUGUGCCCUGGAGUGCCUGGAAGAAGAAUCCUUCACCUGUCUCUCCAUCAAGUUCCGUGAUGUCCAUACCUACAACGACCACAGAUGUACUCUAUCGGAUGAGAGCAUAUACACACUAGACCUGGCAAGGAGCCUAACGGACGGGAGUGUUUUUGAUGACCAUCAUGGCUUGUACAUUCGAAUUGACAAGAUAUGCGACGCUUUCCUCCCGGAUUUCACGAAGCUUCCAACAACAGCUGAAUGCCCAUUUCCUGUUGAUAUCUUGGUGGAUACUGGAAGGAUCAGUGCAAACUUCACUGCAUCUAGUUAUAUUGACAACUAUCCGCCUAACCAAACUGACGUGGAAAGCGCCGUGGUCUGGGUUCCAUUUAAUGAUGCAAAUGACGAGUGGUGGCAGGUAUGUUACAGCGAGCGCGUCAUUAUCACUGGACUGGUUACCCGUGGCAACGAACAGAUGAUGAAUGGUGAGGGAUGCUGGGUAAACUCAUUCAAAGUGGACUACAGCUUAGAUGAAGAAUACUGGUGGAACCUUUUGGAUUACCGAGAUAACCCUGUAAACCCUAAGGAAUUUCUCGCCAACGCUGAAGCGACGUGCAAUACGACGAUCUUUCUUCCAUCGCCCCUCCGGACGAAAUGCCUUCGAAUACUCCCUGCAACAUGGCAGAACGGGAUAUGUCUCUCGGUAGAGGUUCUUGGCUGUCUUGAUAAUGACUGUGAUGAGGCGCUGGGACUUAGCCUGAAUGGUAUCCAUGACAACCAGAUAGAGGCAUCAUCCUUGAAUGGCGAGGCAUCCCAUUCUCCAUCGUCCGCGAGGGUAGGAUACAACAGACAGGUCGGAUACGGAUGGAUCCCACAACAAUCUUCUAGUGAUCAAUGGAUACAGGUCAAGUUUGACGAUGAGAUGUCAGUCCAGGGCGUGGUCACUCAAGGCUGUCUGGACGUGAAGGCAUGGGUAGAGUCCUACACCAUCUCAUACAACCAAGAGCCAUAUGCACAUGAUAAUGGAUCAGUCGUGGUUUUCGUGGGUAACGUGGACAUGAGAAGCCUUGUACGCAACGACAUUGAUCCACCAAUAGUGACCAAUCUUCUAAGAGUUCAUCCGGUCACGUGGUACGAUGAAAUAUGCCUCCGUCUUGAGUUUAUCGGAUGCAAGAAUAGAGUUUGUAACAGAAGACUUGGAAUGGAGUCAUUUGUAAUCCCCAACGAAGCUAUAGAAGCUAGUUCCUUCUACUACCGAACACCUGGAUAUAAUGGACGGCUACACGCAGAGAUGUCCUUUUUAAGCGUGUUAAGUCCAGACCAACCCGUUCCAUUCUGGGGAGCAAGAGGGCAACUCGCAAGGGAAGAGUGGCUACAGGUGGACCUUGGCGAGCUCCACACUGUGACUGGUAUAAUCACGCAAGGUGCUGGAUUGCAAUCGGAACUAGACUGGAUAACCUCCUACCGUUUGGCUUACUGGAGCAUCAAGAGUACGAACGUGUCAGAGAUGUGGCUCUUCUACAAGGACAUCGAGGGCAAUGAAAUGAUUCUCCCAGGCAACAGUGACCAGAAUACUGAGGUAAGAAGCACCUUGGAUCGACCAGUCAUCACCAGGAGGGUUCGUAUCAUGCCUUAUUCUUGGUACAGAAGACGAAUCAGAAUGAGAGCUGAGAUCGUCGGAUGCCCAUUGUUAGGUAUCGGGAGGGUGUGUCCGUCGGAGAAAGGGUUGGCAUUCGGUGGCAAAUGCUACGGGUCCGUCAGCAGUAACUCCGAAGGGGCAUGCAGCGAUAUCUUUGCCGAGGACAGCGAGCGAGCUGCGAUCAAGUCAUCGAGCAUCCAGGUUGCCCUCGCCGAUCACCGUUCCGAACUCGUGUUUGAUAUCAAAUCGGAGCUGACAAUAGGAGCAUCCAAGGUCGGUUAUGGAGAUUGGACGUGGGAUGACGGUACUCCAGUCAUUUUCGAAGAAUUCCUCUUUGACCUACCAGUUAAUAUCUCCAGCCAUUUCUGUGCGGCUUUAGACGGACGUUCGGAUUUUUAUUGGAAGCAGUAUGACUGCCAGAGUGUUAUACUGCGUGGGACUCUAUGCGAAAUAGAUAUAGACGAGUGUCUGAGCAGUGAAAACGAGUGCUCACACCAAUGCGUGAACGAUGAAGGCAGCUACCACUGCACAUGCCCAGAAGGUCACCGUUUAGAUUCAUCUCGUCGGCAAUGUGUUGAUACAUGCUUAACCGAUUUUCCGAACGCUAGUAGUAGCACUGUACUCAAUCAGGGAUCAGCGUGUUACAUCAUCGAUUCUAAGCACGUCACGUGGUCGGAAGCGACCAAUCACUGUUCGGCGAUUCAAAGUCAUCUACUGAAUGCCAGUGACGCUGAUUUCACAAAGGUAUUGAACGAGGUCAAUGAAGAUGGCAUUUGGGUAGAAGAUGGCGAUUCUGCGGUAGACGACCUAUGUUCUUCAGCUAAAUGGAAUGGGACUGAGAUUGUAAUAGACUCAACUGAUUGUGAUGAUAAGAAAACAUUCAUUUGUGAAAGAGGAUAUGCUGAUCUUCGGUGCGUUGGUAACUGGUCUGAUGACGUCACGUCACACGUGACAUCGGCUUCAGUCGGACACAUACAAGCCUUUAGUUACCCUCCGCUCUACAAUCAGCGUUCAUCGUGUAGAUUUAUGAUUAAGGGACCAGACGGGAUGAAUGUCAGACUAAGAAUCAUUAGGUUGUUUCUACGUCAGAGCCCUUCCAAUUCUCAUUGUCAAGAUGGUCUGAAUAUCACCGACGUCGUUGACGACGAAAGUUAUUUCAGACGAGGUCCAUACUGCGGUGAGCUUCACGACAUCGAGAUCACCAGCCAGUCCAACGUUGUGUUCAUCGAGCUGAUCAUGUGGUCAUUGACCCCCGGCAUGCCCCAUGAACUCGGCUUUGAAGCGUCUUAUGACAUGGUCGAUUGUGCUGUGAUAGAUUGCAAUGCUGUGUGUGGUGGAACAGUGAGCUUUCACGGACCAUCAGGAUCGGUCAAGACCAACAGUUUCCCAUCCAUCAUACCACCAUUCACCAACUGUGAAUACACGAUUACCGUUCAAUCUGAUCGUUAUAUCUCACUCUAUUUCACCGACUUCAACAUCGAGAGGGGAGCUAGCAGCUGCGUUGAUCGUGUCUCGGUACGCGCACCAACUGGUAUUCUGAAAAGAGGUUUGUGCGGGAAUGCACCCCUCCCCCUCAUCGUAUCAAACUCUUCGACGAUCACCGUUGCCCUGGAAACGGGGCUUGCGGGGAAUUCAACUGGAUUCAAUCUUUUCUACAAUACGACAGAUUUAGGCGGUUGUGGAUUCGGUCGGGACACUUGUUCAGGCGUAGAGUACUGCGAUCUUUCAGCUGCUAUUUUUGUCUCCGUCAACUACCCUUUCACUUACUCGCCCAACUCACAAUGCCGGUGGAUUAUCACUACCCCUGAAAGUUCCUAUGUCACCAUAAUCUUUAAACAUUUCGACGUCGUAUCCGAUGUCGGUGACGUCGGCUGCUCUCAUUCCGACAACCUAAUCGUCUAUGACGGCGCAGAUGCUGCCGAUUCGAUGCCACCGGUCUUGGGUCGUUUUUGCAACUCAAACCCUCCUCCAAACCAAGUCCGAAGCAGUCUAAAUGCCGUGCUCAUUGAUUUCGCUGCUGAUGACAGCCAUCAAGGGAAUGGUUUUUACGCCGAGUAUCGAGCCACGUAUACCGAGCUCGAUGUAGACUCAACAAAAGGAUAUGCAGAAUGCACCUGUCCCGAUGGUUGGGAGCUCUUUGGAAGUCAAUGCUACUGGUUUACCUUCCUGAAUGAGACCAUUAGGUGGAACGAUGCAUCCAAAAUGUGCCGAGAUAAUGACGCCUUCCUUGUCAGCAUAAAGACGGCCAAUGAAAUGAGCUUUAUCCAUUACAUGCUGACGUCAUCCUGGUUUACCGGCAACAACGCGAACACAUAUAUCGGUUUGACAGAUAGUGCAGAAGAAGGUCAUUUCAGAUGGGAAGACAGGGGUCCUCUAAGCUAUGCAGAUUGGUUUUUGGCAGAUAGUUCUGACGAAGUUUCCCAACCAAAUGGACACGAACAAGAAGACUGCACCAUGAUCAAGCUACAAAACCUACAAUCAUCGGCCAAUUGGCAUGAUAUAGCAUGUGCAUCGCGGGAAGCAAGUCAGUUCAUAUGCCACAGACAUGCUGAAGGGAAUGCCACAGUCCCCUCUCGGAUAGGGAACCUUUCAAGAAAAGAAUGUCCAUCUGGAAGCCGGCUGGUAGGAGUUACAUGCAUAUCGCUGUUCUUAGCAGGCGAUAAUCGCACCCCAUCGUUGCCAUGCCAACGCAUCCAGUCCCCCUCAACAAUCCCCCUACAAAGUCUUAAUUAUGUUCUUGGUCUUCUGUGGCCCUUCAGAUCAACUUCAAUAGGUACCAAGAUUGACAUACAAGGUACAUAUGAUUACAAAGAACAAAUACUUAAUCCACGGCCCGAUGACGUCAGCACUGAACCAUGUCACAUGUUGGAAUACAAUGGAUUUGAUUGGCAGUUAAUUGAAGGAGAUUGCACACUCCAUCAUAAUGGAAGUAUCUGCUACUUGAUUGCGUCCGAUCUUGUGAACAUCUGUGGAGAAGACAUGUUUGAAUGUAUGAACGGGGAGUGCAUUAGACGGGUUCAUGUGUGCGAUGGAAGAGCAGAAUGCGAAGGAGGAGAAGACGAAAGAAAUUGCGGAGAAUCAGUGUAUGAAGACUCGGAGUUCGUUCAUUCCUGUCCCGUCUCAAGCUUCCAGUGUGACAUGGGUCGAUGUAUCUCAGCCUCAUUCUAUUGUGACUUCAUACCUCAUUGUCAAGACAGUUCUGACGAGGUUAAUUGUGCCUAUCCGCAGUGUAAAGAUGAUGAAUUCGAGUGUAGCAACGGACAAUGCAUCGAGGCCUCCAAACAGUGUAAUAUUAUACCUGAUUGUGUGGACGGUAGCGAUGAAGAAUUCUGCCAGUUCUGUUCUGAUGAAACGUUCCAGUGUUAUGAUGGUACGUGUAUCCCAGGCAGAUCAGUUUGUGAUGGGAGUUUAGAUUGUCCUGGCCUGAAUUCUGAAGAUGAACAAUCUUGUGAGAGCACUGAUGAUAAUACGUUGAGAUGUUUUAAUGGUGAAAAGUUCGACGCUAGAUGGCGCUGUGUCUAUGACUUCGAUGAGUACGGACUACAACUUGGCUGCCGUGACGUCACUCAUCUCCGUGAUUGUGGUGACCUACAAUGCUCCGGAAACAUGUUUAAGUGCCCAAACUCGUAUUGUCUCCCUCUGCGGCGACGAUGUGACAGUGUUGCAGAUUGCCCAGGUGGCGAAGACGAGUUUGAAUGUGAAUUAUAUUCCUGUCCUGGGUUUCUACAAUGUCAUGGGGAAAGAUACUGCGUUACCGAUGAUCAGAUCUGUGAUGGGGUUAAAGACUGCACAGACGGUGAUGAUGAGAUGUUCUGUGACAUUGCUUGCCCCUCUGGAUGUUCGUGUGAUGGUCUUAGUUUUGCUUGUGAUUCGUUUGAUGCAUGGACACCUCAGCUUGCUGCUAGUUUCCCGAUAGCUGCUCGUAGAAUAAUGAUCUCCAAUGUAUCUGAAAUUAACCGAAGAAAGAGGUCUUCCGACGUCCGUUGGAACCAGACAACGAUAGAGGACGCUCUUUAUCUUGAUUUAUCUCCUUUCAGCCUUCUUUUGUCAUUGGAACUUACUGGCAAUGGAAUCGAAGUGAUUAUACCCGAUACGUUCAUCAACCAGCGAAAUCUGAAGAAACUAGAUCUCUCGAGAAAUAAUAUUUGGAUUCUAUACUCUGACACUUUCCGGGGAUUGAAUCAACUGACCGAUCUUGACGUGUCUGCAAAUCCGUUAACGGUUCUUCAGCCCGGUGCCUUCAACUCGCUCUCCAACCUUCCUUUCUUAAAUUUGCAGAAUCUCCAUUUAGAAGUCCUCGAAUUCGGAACUUUCAAUGGACUUGAAUCAAUCAAAAGCUUAGAUCUGGAAAAUAAUAACAUCCAGCGAGUCGAGACGGGAGCUUUCGAUGGUCUAAACCAUACCCAUACAUUGAAUCUGGUAGGGAAUGACAUAACCAACUUUGAUAUGGACGUCUUCAGUGGUCUCGAUGGUCUUCGACACUUGUCGUCCGACCUGUUCUUGUUUUGCUGCAUUGUGUCUGACCUUGAGAGUUGCUACCCGCCCGAAGACCAGUUCUCCUCCUGCCAAGACCUGAUGCGAUCCGACGUGCUACGGAUCUUCAUGUGGAUACUCGGUUUCAGUGCCUUCGUCGGGAACAUCUUCGUCGUCAUAGAACGCGGACGAGACCGGAGGAGAUUCCGUGUCCAGUCUUUCUUGAUCUUCAACCUGGCUGUAUCGGACUGUCUCAUGGGUAUUUACAUGCUGAUCAUCGCCUGCGCCGAUGCACACUUCAGGCAUGUCUACGUUUACCAUGCGGAGAGAUGGAAAGCCAGUGGGAUGUGCAAACUGGCCGGGAUCUUAGCCAAUCUUUCCAGUGAGGUAUCAGUGUUUAUUCUAACCGUCAUCAGCUUGGACCGUUUCCUGUGCAUCGCAUUCCCCUUCUCGCAAAAGCACUUUGGGCGGAAAUCGGUCCGCAUCGCAGCAGCAACGAUCUGGGUAGUAUGUCUCGUCUACAGCGUCAUCCCAGCAAUCCCGUUCCCUUACUUUGGUGAUAGAUUCUACGGACGCUCCGGUGUAUGCCUUGCCCUGCCUCUCACCAACGUCAAGCCCCCAGGUUGGCAGUAUGCAGUGAGCGCCAUCUUUAUCAAUUUUAUUGCCAUGGUAACCAUCAUCGGAUGUUACACUGUGAUCUAUGUCAUCGCUAAACGAUCAGGAUCAACCAUCAGGAACAGUAAACAGAUGUCUUCUGAGUUUACACUGGCAGUCCGAACUGCAGUCAUCGUGGCCACGGACAUCUGUUGCUGGUUGCCCAUCGUCAUACUCGCCUUUGUGUCUCUCUCGAACUAUGCUAUAAUUCCACCUUCAGUCUAUGCCUGGAUUGCCGUCUUUGUCCUGCCAAUCAACUCCUCAAUCAACCCAUACCUCUAUACCAUCUCGACGGUGGACGUCAAGACCAGGUUGGAAUCCUUCCGUACAAGAUCGUCGUUUUUCUCGCCAGGCAGCAGCAGUAGAGGAAGCGGAAGUACAGGGACUUUCGUGAGAGGCGGGAACAAAAACGGUUUAGGAAACAGUUUGUCAGGAGAUAGAGAUUCAACGAGAUCUAUUCCGAUGAACACACCGCAGUCUGAUCGUUUUAUCUUGGCUGAUGCCCUCAGUCUUAUCGGAUCUAAAAAACUCCAUCUUACGGUCGACGACGUUCAGUGUGUGAGGAAAGAACUGCGAUGUGUACUUGACAUGAUCCACGCAUGCGCCAUGACCCAUGGGUCGAUAGAUGCUCAUCAUGUCAUCAUCGAGAAAAAGAAGGUUUUAGGAAAGUGGUCAGGCUCGCUCAUCCUAACAUCUACGCCAGAAGUCAACGGUGCGACGAAUGGCAAUUUCCAUGCAGAUGACGACAUGGAUCGACUUGAAAUGGUUAUGUUAGAAUUAAAUAACGCACUGGGAUACGACACUGCCCUAUAGAAAGUUUAUUUAGUUUUUGCACGUGUACACGUGUAUAGGUGUACCCAUUUUUUUCUGGAUACAUCUUUAUCUGUAUACUGAGAAGAUAUUAACGAAAUAUUGCAAUAUGCGAAACGGAACAUCCCUUGAUCUAAACUAUAUUUUGGUGAAGAGGAAAUGACGAACGUGGAGAUGAUAUGAAUAGAAAGAUGGAGGAUUUGGAUGAAGAGGAGGCGGAGUAGAUAAUUAAGGAAAAGGAGGAUGAAAUGGAAGGGGAAGAUGAGGCGAAGGAAUAGAAGGAGGAAGGAGAUGAUGAUCUUACGAGAAAGAUUUUUUUUCUAAAUGAUAGAGCUAAGUGUGCUGUUGUAUUAUGGGAUUACUUCGCGAAUUUAGAAAUGCCUUUCAUCUGAGUGUUUUAUUUAUUGUUGUGUUUUAUUGUUCAAAUGUGUAUAUAUUGUGAAUAAAGAUUAUUUCUGUCGAAAUCAUUC